CUUAGUAUCUAAGUAUUCAGUAAGGAAGACAGGAGUGGGAGCAAAGAGGCUGUAAGUUUCAGACGUGUUAGAUUUAGAUUGCUGCUGGGAUUGUAUAAGCCAAGUGGAUGGUGAUGGAGGGAUUUAGAUUAUCAAUGCGGCUGUGGAUUCAAUCCAUGCUGUUAUGCAUUGCAGUUUGUUGUCUAAACGUUAGAGCACAUCAGCUGCACAAAGGAAGAUGGGACCUCCUAGUAGAGAACGCGGGUGUUUCUGCAAUGCACAUGACACUUCUACACACCAAUAAAGUGCUCAUCUUCGACCAGACGCUGGCGGGUCCAUCACAGAUCAGCAGAACUGACCCACCUUGCAAUAGCAAAACACCAGCAGCGGGCGAGGAUUGUUGGGCGCACUCCAUCGAAUACGACAUUGCCACCAACAAGGUCAGGCCUCUGCAUGUUGUGACCGACACAUUUUGCUCUUCCGGCUCUUUUGCCAGUAAUGGAACGCUGGUUCAGACUGGCGGAUGGAGCAACGGCGACAGGGUUACCCGUUUCUUCACUCCAUGUUCAGAUUCGUCCUGCCACUGGGUCGAAUCUCCUACAUUGCUGUCCUCCAGAAGAUGGUAUGCUUCCAAUCAGAUAUUGCCUGAUGAUCGAGUCAUCGUCGUGGGAGGGCGUAGAUCGUUUGAUUAUGAAUUCGUCCCGAAGCGACCAGGUGAGAAAUCCUUCCAGCUCCCGUUUCUGGUAAAGACGAAUAUCGUCGGCGAGGAGAACAACUUGUACCCGUUCACACAUCUGUCUUCCGACGGCAAUCUCUUCAUCUUCGCCAACAAGGAUUCGAUCCUCCUCGACUACAACAAAAACAAAGUGCUCAGAACUUUCCCUACCAUGCCUGGCGGUGGCCCACGGAGCUACCCUUCAUCUGGUUCCUCCGUCAUGCUCCCGCUCGACUCCACUAACAAUUUCCAAAGGGUGGAGGUUCUCAUCUGCGGGGGAGCACCUGAUGGAGCCUUCAAAAAAGCCACAAUUAACCAGACGUUCGUGGAGGCGCUCAGGACUUGCGGGAGAAUGGAGAUCACGUCUUCAAAUCCAGUGUGGCAAAUGGAGGACAUGCCAGGGCCGAGGGUGAUGAACGACAUGCUCAUACUCCCCACCGGCGAAGUCCUCAUAAUCAACGGUGCCAAGCAAGGAACAGCCGGGUGGCAAUCUGCUAGAGAGCCUGCUCUGAGCCCGUUCCUCUAUAGACAGGCGGAAGCCCUAGGAAAUCGGUUUCGGAUCUUGGCUCCUACAAAAGUACCGAGAAUGUACCAUUCUACUGCAAAUGUUCUUCCAGAUGGACGGGUCCUGGUGGGUGGAAGCAACUCCAACUAUGGGUACCGCUUCUCCGGCGUCCCAUUCCCUACUGAACUUCGACUGGAAGCGUACAUUCCUUACUACCUUCAUUACAAUUAUGACCCUAAAAGGGCAGUCAUUACUUCCAUUUCGACAAGAGAGAUCAAGUACGGCUCUUCAUUCAUAGUUAGCUUCUCUCUUCCUAGACGACCCAGCACCAAUCUUCGUUUUCACGCUUACGCCCCGCCCUUCACCACGCACACGUGGUCGAUGAACCAGAGAAUGCUGUCGUUGGCAGCCACAGCUGUCGUCAAAGGAAAUGAUGGCUAUUCAGUGGGUUUGACGGCUCCACCUACUGCAGUGGCGGCUCCGUCCGGGUAUUACUUGCUCACGAUUGUGAAUGGAGGUAUUCCUAGCAAGGCCGAAUGGAUUCGCUUGAUUAAUUAAGACCUGUGCAAUAUCAUGAAUUCCUCUGGGUAGCUGCUAAUAAUAUUUCUAACACUAGAUUCUUAGGAAAAAUGAAUUCUUUAAGCAUCGAAACUGGAGGAGCAUGGAGGCAAAAAUACUGGUAUACCAGAUUAGUUAUUCUUUGUGUGCGCACAUAUAGUCGGUGUUCAAUGUAUAGAUCUAUUUGUAUAUAUAUAUAUAGCUGUUUAUGCAAUGCCUGACAACUGGUUCGUACUGUUGUAUCUUAAAUAGAUAAAUGAAUGUUGUAAGGUUAUGUUCUUUUAUACAGAACUUUACAUACAAAUUUAAAUA